AUGGAACGACCCUCACAGAUGAAAGAUUCGUAUCAAAAGGCUCGCGUGCUCGCCUUCUUCGCCGGGACCGGCCUCGCGGGGGUCUCGUCGUACCUUCUCUACGUCCUCGCCGUGCCGCUGGGGGGGGCGGAGUGCGUCUACUGCCUCACGUCCGCGGCGAUUUCGUUCACGGUGUUUUCGAUCGCGCUCGGGGGGUUAUCGAGCAAGGCGCGUUCUCAUUACAUCAUCGCACCGGAUUUCGCGAGGGCGGCGCCGCCGGGGGUGGCGCUCUACGCCGUCACCGUGUUCGCGCUGUCGCUGGGUACGUCGGUCGCCGCGCGGCGCGACACGUCACCUCGCCACACCGAAUCAGAUCCCCCCGCGUGUCGUAUCGUAUCGUAUCUCCCGCGAGCGACCCUAUCGCAUCCGCACUCGUGUGCCACGUCAUCGUCGAAUCGAAUCUUCCUCUCCUCUCUCUUCGAUCGAUCUCUGACUUAUCGCGUCUCUCCGUCUCUCCCCCGUCGCGAAAAAGUCCUCACGGGCGGCCCGGAGAAGCAGAACAUCAACGACCUGAAGCUCCCGUACGCGGCGCCAAUCAUCGAGACCGUAUCGACGCAAUACUCCCGCGACGUCGCGGACUGGCUCGCGAAGUCCGGGGCGAAGAUGUACGGCGCGUUCUGGUGCUCGCACUGCGAGGACCAAAAGGAGACCUUCGGCAAGGGCGCGGCGAUUCCGUACGUGGAGUGCUUUCCGAACGGGUGGGAGAAAGGGACGCCGAUCGCGGACGCGUGCAAGGCGGCCAAGGUGGACGGGUUCCCGACGUGGGUGCUGGGCGACGGGACGGUGAUCUCGGGGGAGAAGAGCGUGGACGAGCUCGCGAAGGCGAGCGGGUACGAGGGGCCGAGGGGGGCGCCGCCGGCGGGGCUGGACGCGGACGCGAUGCUCGCAGACUUUUUGAACUGA